AUGGCGCAGGAAUUGGAGGAUCAUCAUCGGACGAGCCAGACUGGAGGUGCCGGCAGCAACAACACUACAAAUUGCAGCAAGAGCACCGUGGUCGACCUACUAACCCAACAACACGCUGGGGACAGUAACGCAACAAAAGCCGCCAUGGAAGCCCCUACAUCUGCGCGCUCAAAGACCAAUGUCGCAGGAGUCAGCUCGUCCACGCCGCGGGUGAAAGCUCUGCAGUCCAACAUGGCACAGACGUUCGCCGCUGCACAGCGAUUUCAUCAGGCGCAACAGACGACGAGAGAUGCGCCCCGUGCAUCUGAAAACCUUUCGAACAAAUCCUCUACCCCUGAGUUCGAGCGACCCGCCGCCCAGCAAGUCCGCUCGACGACUGAGGGCCCGUCAUUCGCCACGGCGAGCUCAGUCGAUCCGCAAGGCACGCUGCAUGUCGACCAUUUCACGGGCGCACAAGACACUCUACCAGCGCACCAGACGCAAUUCGCCGCGGCGAGCCCGGUCGACCCGCAAGGCACACGGGAUGUCGACCAUUCGACGAUGGGCUCAUCAGAAACGUCACCAGCGCAACUGAAGCUACCCGCCGCGGACAAUUUACCCGUCACACCCGACGUCGACCACUACAGUGAUCGCAUGGUCACCAAACCACCUGUCAUAACUCUGUCGGAUGCAACCAUUCAAUAUCUUCGAAGGAGCGAGAGUUAUCGUAUUGAGAGAUCGCAUCUCAUACACUACACAAGCAAUACCCAUUUAUCUCGUGCAAGUGACGGAAGAGAGCUUAUGGCGAUCCGGGAUGUCUUGCGCAACCGCGCCAGGGUCACCCCAGCCGGCACGAAACGAGAGCAGUAUGAGCAGGUUGCAAACGAGAUCGAUGACAUUCUCGCACGGCUUCCCAGGUGGCAAGACUUCUAUCCACAAGUGCCAGAAUAG